UUCUUUACUUAAUGCAGGAUAGCUACUGAACUACGACAUGUUAUGAUGACGCCAUUGUAGUCGCUGUCGGAUACGGAGUACCUCACAGAUCAACAGGACCUCACAGAAGCUGCACUGAAGAUCAGGGCGUUUGUUCGGAUCUGCGCCAUCAACAGAAAGGACUGAAGAGGCUUCGACCAUCACUAUGGCUUGUCUGGAAGGGUUUUUAUCACUUGUAGUUUUAUUUGGCUUUGUGACCGCCGGCCUGAACAGAAGAUCAGCACCUGUUUUCUUGGAAAAGUGGGAAGCAAGUAACAUCAUUUCCCGUCAGAAGAGAGGAAACCUAGGCGAUGAAGAGACUAAACUCCCUCCCAACCUAGAGAGAGAGUGUUUAGAGGAGGUUUGCGACUAUGAAGAAGCAAGAGAAGUCUUCCAGGAUAAUUAUCGUACUGAUAUCUUCUGGUCUGUCUACAUCGAUGGUGACCAGUGUGCUGAGCAGCCAUGCAAAAAUGGAGCCAUGUGUUCAGAUAGUGUGGGGGGUUAUGACUGCAUUUGUAAAUCCGGCUUCACAGGAAUCCUCUGUGAGACAGAUCAGACGGUGUGUUUCGUUGAUAAGAGUAAAGGCUGCAGUCAGUUCUGUAAGCCGGGCUAUCAGUCGUACGAGUGCUCAUGUGCGCGCGGCUGGAAACUACAGCAGAGAGAGAAGUGUGUGCCAGCUGUGGUGUUCCCAUGUGGGAAAGUGAGCAGUUUGAGCCAAUGGGACCGACGGCAGACAGCUAACAUACAGUCUGACUAUGAAGGGCUCACCUGUGGCUCAGAGGACUGUCCUUGGCAGGCAUUGCUGCGUCAUGGACCAAAUGGCUUCUGCAGUGCUGUCAUCUUAAAAGAAAAUAUGGUUCUUACUACAGCCCAGUGUGUCAGGAAGCAAAGUGACUUUAAGGUAGCUGUAGGUAAAAAGAUGACGUCUUUUGAAGCAGGAGAGCAAACACUUAAUGUUAAGCAGGUACACAUACAUCCGCUCUACACUGAUGGAAACCCUGAGAAUGAUCUGGCUGUGGUGGAACUGCAGGACAGGAUUGUCCUCAAGAAGAGCGUGGUGCCUGUGUGCCUGCCUGAGAGGGACUUUGCUGACAGCGUGCUCAUGACGGGUGACUACAUGGGUGUGGUCACCGGCUGGAAGGAAGUUGCAGGUGCAACAGAAUUUCAAGGAAACCUCAUGUUAAACCAUCUGUCCUAUGAGAAACUGCCAGUUUGCUCACAACGUCACUCUGGUCAGGUCACCAACAAAAUGGCCUGUACUAUGCCACGAGCUAAAGCAGACUGUGUGUUUGGAGCCGGCAGCCCUUUGCUCACCCUGUACAAAGACGUGUUCUUCCUCACUGGGAUAGUGAGCCGGCCUUCAGGAAUGGACUGCAAGAAUGGUUAUGUCUUCCAGAAAGUGUCUCGCUUUUUGCCCUGGUUAAACUCUUUUAUGCGCCCCUGAUGAAAGAGGAAACAUUGAAUUUGUAUUGUAUCUGCUCACUCUUUACCAGUGCAACACCAUACUCUUCAGCACUUCUAUUUUAGUUGUUCUUGCUCUUGUUGUUGUUAUUUUAGUUCUUAUGGCUUUGUGUGUAGAUUAGAAACAAAAACUUGAUACUAAAAUAUAGAAACAUGAUUUUAAAUAUUAGAAUAAGAACUGAUCAGUGUUUUGUUGAAGGUCUUGAUUGAGUUUCUCUUUCGGCAGAUUAACAGCCUGACUUAGGUGGUUUUCAUACUGAACACAUUUGCUGUGAAUCUGAGUGCGAUUGUUCCGACACCCCACUGCUGCAUUGGUCUGAUUUUGUUAAUGCAAAAUUCGUUUAACGCUACAAAUUGUUUAACACCGUUAUCUCGUAAUAUGACUCUUUGAAUAAAUCCAAACAUUUUAACGUCAUUGCAGUGGCAAGACAGCUGCAAUUUGAACACCUGCCUUGCACUGCGAGGCGCAAGCGCAAAGUGAAAGUGCAGCGCGAGGCGAUUGUCUGUGUUCUGCGACUGCUCCUUGGCCCUUGAAUAACAUAUAACAUGUGAAUUAGGGCAGCCGGUUGAGCUUUUGGUGCCCCCCUAGGGAGUUGGUGCCCUACGCAGACUGCGUAUAGUAUGGUGGUACUGAUUACCGGCUAAUGGAAAACCUGCUGCAGUCUCCAAUGUUCUGUCACAAUGUCUCUGUUUCAUAGUGCACUAGUCAAUGCAGAAGUUGGAGACAUUGCUGGAACCCUGCUGGUAAUCUACAUAUUUAAUCCCACCAGUUGUCAAUUGUUAAUGAGUGCCGACUGCCAUUUACAUCUGUCAAAAUUCCAUAAAAAAGCAAAUAAAUCCUGUCAUAUUUUGUACAUAAUUUGAAUUAAGUUGUGCUGUGUUCAUUUUCUGUUGUUCAACUCUAUUGGCGUUGUAGGUUUUGUGUGGAUGACUGAAAAAUACAUCUGGAUGAAGCAUAUUUUGUUCACUAAUUUUUAAAAAGAUAUUGCAAAAAAAAAAAAAGAUUAAUCAUGAUUUAAAAAAAAUAAUCAUUUGAAAGCCCUAGUUUGGUGUCAUUAUGCACAUCAGAUUGAAUGACACUUGCACCUCUAUGCAUCGUGUGCCAUAAUUCAGCAGAUAUGCAUGUCCAAGAGAAGGCGACAAUAUCUAAUGCUUGCAAAUUGUCUUUUUUGAGGUGAAAGAUGGUUGCGAGCAGUAUUUACAGUGUGCCAGUGUGAAAUCCCCCUUAAGGUCAAUAUGAAAAGGACUUUGCAUGCCAUUUUACAUACGUUAUGUUUAUUUUCUCCAUGGGAAAUUGAUUGGAUGGGAGCCAGAUUAAUUGUAAUGUAUAAAUGAAAUGCAUAAUAAGACCAGGAAUGUGUAUAUAGAAAUUAUAUCUGGUCCAUUUUGUUGCCUUUAACCAAAUCUGAAAUUAGGCUACCUGCAGAAAUAAAGUAAUAGUACAGUGUAAUUAAUAAAAAAAUGAAAACAAUUCCAUACUAAUCUUCCUAUUCUAACAGCAGUUUAUGUAUUGUAGUAGUGGUGUAAUGCCACAAGGUGAUGCUCUUUUAGCCGUUUGUUGGUCUUACAAAUUGUAUCCUCACAUAAUUUCUCUACAUUAUGGCUAGCCGAAGAGCUAUCACACAUACAUAAACAUAAAACACAGUAUUGUAAUUUUCUUCAAAUUUGUAUGUAUGUAAACUGAAUACUAAUAUUUGGCUGAAUAUUAAUAUAGGUUUACGAUCAGUACAGUUUCCGUUUCUAACACGUGACAAAAUCCUGUUCGCUCUUAAAUAUGACGGGUCUUCUGAAACUAGGUCUCAUGUCUGUGUUGUCUCCUGUCAUGAUGUGAAAUUCUAUGCUGUGUACACUGUUGUACAAAUGACUGUGUAUGAAAUGAUAGUGAGCAGUGUAGGCUACUUAUCACUUUUCAUGUCCCAGCCCAUCUGUGCCUGUAGUACAGUGUAUGCUACUCAGCAGUAAAUUAAUCCUAGAUGUAAAAUUGUUUUAUUUUGUAACAUCACCGAGACAAAUUCCUUGUAUGUGUAAGCAUACCUGGCAAUAAAGCUGAUUCUGAUUCUAAGUCAGCAUGGAUUUUUAUCUGGAAAAGCAAGGUUUCAGAGGAAAAUAUUCAAAAAGUUAAGUUGGACAAGGCCUAUGUUUUCUAAAUUAUGUUUGUUUAAACUGUAGACUUUUUAGAGUGUUUGCAAAAAGGAUGAGAAUAUAAAAUUUAUUUUAUAUUGAAUUCAGAAUAGUUCAUCAAAUUCCAGUUAUUAUGGUGUUGUCUAAAGAAGCGCUCCAGUGAGUUCUUGCCAUGUUGUCUUGGUGUCCUCCAAGAAAAAUCCCCCUACUCCUUUUGUAAGGUCCAAAAGAGACGGUCAGGGUUUCGUAUAAAGGGCUGUAUAGUACUGGUUGGAGGUGCAGGUUUGUGUAAUGCAUCCACAACAAUUGUUUUAAAGUUCUAGAGAAUGGGUAAAUAAAGUAGGAGCUAUGCUGUUAUGCCCAGAGUAUACUCUUGCAUUCUCCUUUUAAAAGCUCGAAUUUUGUCUUUACACUUCCAGUAUUCUCAUUCAUAUCUGAAUGAGAAAUUCAAAGAGGUUUAAAUGGCAAUGAUUCUCUGCCAUUUUCAAAUGGGUGAAGCCACUUGGAUGAAUGACAUAAUAUCUCAAAGAAAUGCUGCAAAUUUAGGUGAGUUUGACUUAAAUUUUAUCAGACAAUUGGCCAUAACUGUUGCAUAACCUUUUCAAAAUAUAUUUUGAUUAAUCCAUCUCAUCUAAUACAGUUUUUAAAAAGAUUAUUUUGUUAUUGAAAAGGUGUUUAGUGUAAAUGUUUGCUUUGUUAGUUGCAAUAGGUCAGACUAGGUGUCUUACUAAAUAUACUUACAUUAAAAUGAAAGAUUUGUUGCUUAUACUGUAUAUAUGUUGUUCUGCAAAACGCACAAGAUUCACAUUUGCACAAAGUUUAGGGUCAGCAUGGGUGUAGUAUGUACAACAGACAAUAAGAUAUAAAAUUAUAUUUUUUUAUAAUUUUAUAAUAAAAUAUAUGAAUUACCUAAUUACCCUAAUCAGCCGAUAGAGGGAUAAAGAGGAGCCAGAGAUGCCAGUUCAAGAAAGAGAGAGAUGGUGUGCAUUCUACGUUGGAGCGGGAAGGUCAAAAUUGUGAGCAUCACAUGGCGGUGUGUGUGUGUGUGUCUGCUGGCACGUGUGUGCUAGAUAGCACUUUGUAUGUUGUGUCUGAGUGGACUGUUUGUAACUACGCGGUGUCCACCCGGUUCCCGCUACCUCCUUCGAUAGGGAAGGCUAUGUCUGCCACAAUAUAGUUACUUUAAAUAUACAGUUAGUACAGCUUAAUGGGAUAGUUCACCCAAGAAUUUUGAUUUUAUGAUCCUUAUGCAAACUUUCUUUUUCUUUCUUAUGCAGAACACAAAGACUAUUUUUGAAGGAAAUAUGACACAUUAAUUCAACCAGUAUAUUUGUUUUACUCAAAGACAAAAAUAUAGUGAGUUAUAGUUAAGUGCAUGUCUUUGACAUACUUGUUACAUGACUAAAUUGAAAAUGAUGUAGUAUGAUUUCCAGCAUCAUGGGAUGCUAAACCAAUUGUAAUUAGAUUGAAUUCGUUACUGUAAUUAAAAAGGGAUUACUCUUCACUCACUCAGUUUAAGUCUAGACUAAAGACUCAUCUAUUUAGUCAGGCAUACACCUAAUUUAUCCUCCAACCUGCAAUUAGGCUGCUUUAGUUUAGUCUGCCGGAACCAGAAACAUUGAUCAUGAUCUAUAACUCUGCAAUAAAUUGAAUGGCAUCUAUGCUUAUAUUAUUUUAUUUGUUUCCCUGUCUCAACCUCGGGACUCCUAUACUGAGGUCACCAGAACCGGCUCGAUCCAGCACCAACCCUGCUUUGUGUUGGACUCCACUGCUUCAUGUCGCUGAAUGAUGAUGACUAAAUGCAGCCGGUGCCAGCCAAACAUCACUUCAGUCUAUUAUGAUGGACUUCAAAGGAUGAACUGAUGCCAACUCCAACCAUAAGACAUGGGAUACUUCAUAUGCCAUUGUCUGAACCUUGGAUUUUGGAUGGACCACACUGAACCUCACCGAAAUGCCUGUCCAGGUUGAAUUGCGUUUCACAUCCUUGAUCUCUGCCUGCAUCACCUCGGUCUAUUGAUGGACUACGAUCUUGAAUUGGAAUGCAUAGACUAUCAAUUGCCAACAAAAGCCUUCAUCAGCCAAUUAACAAGGACAAUUGCAUCUAUGUGAACUUCUGCAGUUAAUCCAGGAUGGACUUCAAAGCCUGUGGUCAUUAAUCUCUAAAAGAUGUUAUAUGUUCUUACACACACAGAAGCAAAUUGUAUGAAUAUGUGGUGAAUUUCUGCAUUUUGCAUGGUAAAUAUUAUAUCCAUAAACAAAAAUUAGCAAAAUGCAUACCUAAAUGUAGCCUAUUCUUAAUAGAGACUGAAUCAUUGAGGAAGUCAUUAAAAUGAAUUAAAAAUAAAAAGAAUGAAAUGUUGUUAAACUUUAUGGAGGAAUUCUUUAAAUUGUAAUUAAUGCCCCCAAUAUGUUUACCAAAUUCUAUGAACAUUGAACUUGUCAAAAGGAAAAAGGAAGAAAUAUUUAUUUUUUUUUUAGUUUUUUUUUUUUCUCUCUUGUUGUUGUUCCUUUUUGUUUUGUUUAAAUUGUUUCAGAACAUGUGAUAUUUGUCAUGUGAAGCAUUCUUGGUGUAUGCUGAAUUCUGUCAUUUGAAUUAUUUGUCAAUAAAAAAAUAAAAAUAAAAAAAAAUAUUCUGGUACUCGGGAGAGCUGUUACAAUCUCUCAAACCUACACCAAAGCAUUUGGAUUAUCUUUUUGCUGGCUGUUUUUUGGAGCAUGUAUAUGCCGUUCCUUGGACAAUUUACGAUAAUGAUCGCUAGGAUUCUCAUCUCGUGGGACUUAUAACAGUUACCCUCAUCACAUUGAUCCUGCUCACGGACUGUACAUAUCUCCGGUGAGACCGAUCUUACUUUGUUUGUUUGUAACACGCUGGAUUUUCAGACUGUGGUCACCUCCAUACCGGACAUUCCCACAUUCAUAUAUAUAUAUAUAUCACUGUCUCAGUCAUUGUCAUGCCAUUAUAUGUUUUGUAUAAUUUCUUUUCCUUUAAUGUAAAUACACUUGGGUUUAUUGUUCAUAUAUCCGUGUUAGUGUUGAGGAAGAAAUUUACACAAUCGCAUUAGAGCAACACCGUUCCCUUUUUUUUUGUGUGUUAUACCCCUUAUAUAUUUAGGGGAGUGUUACAGACUAAAGAACAAUUCUAUAUAAAACAAUAGUGAAUUUAAAAUGGAACUUAACGUCUAAUGUUAAAAUUUAUGUUUUCUAGGGGGGGCCUGGGGAGUUCAGCGAGUAAAGACACUGACUACCACCCUGGAGUUAGCAAGUUCAAAUCUCAAAUAAUGCUGAGUGACUCCAGCCAGGUCUCCUAAGCAACCAAAUUGGCCCAGUUGCUAGGGAGGGUAGAGUCAAAUGGGGCAACCUCCUCUUGGUCACUAUAAUAUGGUUCACGCUCGGUGGGGUGCAUGGUGAGUUGUGUGUGUUUGCUGCAGUUGAUGGUAUGUCUCUGCGGUAACGCUCAACAAGCCACAUGAUAAGAUGCGCAGGUUGAUGGUCUCAGAUGUGGUGGAUACUGAGAUUCAUUCUCCACCAUCCGGAUUGAGGCGAGUCACUAUGUCACCAUGAGGACUUAAAGUGCAAUGGGAAUUGGGCAAAUUGGGGAGACAAAAAAUUAUGUUUUCUAAUUUAAUGCAGCCCCCUUAAAUUCUUUGACCAGUUCGUGAAUAAUUUAUUUUAUUUUAUAUGAUUUAUUUGAAAGAAUUAAAAGAAGAAUUUCAUGUCUAUCCUUGUAUUAUAUUUUAUCUGGUCGAGGUUGAUAAGUGUUUUAAGAAAGAAAUUAGUAAUAAGUAAUGCAAUUACUUUUCAGACAGAGUAAUUAGUACAAAAAUAUAAUUACACAUUAAAUGUAAUUAGUAAUUCAUUGUUAUUAAUUUUAGAGUAACUUACCCAACACUGCUACCAUCAGAGGUGGAAGUCAUCCAAAUAUAGGCAGAGAGGAUUUUUCACUCUCAUUACAUAUGGCCACUAGGACAUGGUGCCAAGUACAUGACACAAACUCAGUGAUGGCUCAAAUGACACAGAAUGGAACUUAAUGAGAUCUUGUUACUCAUGCCUGCAUGCUUUGGAUAGAGAGCAUGCAUUAAGUAAUAUAGUAUAUUUUUAUUAAACAUGGAAAAGAUAAUUGUAUAGAAGUAGCCUGGGCAUUAUGUAAACCAGGAACAUGUAUUCAAGGCUGUAAGGCCUACGUGACUAUUGCGAUGAGAAACACACAUAUGCUGUCUUAGCUUACCUAAAACGUACACUCAGCAAUGUUAUACAUAGAAUGGCACAAAGUGGAGAAAGCAUUCCUCCAGCACUGGAUGUUACAGCUAUUAGUCAAGUUACUAAUUAUGUUUAAACUACUCUAUUCUGUUUACAAAGAAUGCACACUCUACUAAUAAAUGGGAUUAAAACGUUAUUUUUUUUAAAUAGGCUGGUUGCCAGGUUUCCACCAUUAGAAAGAAGUCAGAAGGUCUAUUAAAUAAUGGUGGCAAACAGAGAAAGGCGGGGAAGCAUGCCCAUUAGCUAACAUAUCAGAAAUGUAUAUUUACUGGCUCAAAGGUGAUAACAGAAAAUUAUAAAAAUUAGACUUUGGGACUGGAUAGUCAGAUGAACAGCUGGAUCUCAGUUUUGUUGUUUUGCUCAAUAAAGCCUAACUUUUGA